CUUGUCCUUAGCCGUACCAGUUCCUGUAAACCUCCCCAAACAUGUCUCUUGACCGCGUAAAACAAGUCGUGUCGCAUCUUACGUCUGGCACGACCAAGGGUCGCGCAGCGCUGCUCCAGAAUUCGCCCGACGAUGUCGUCAUUACCAUGGCCAUUCGCUCUCCCAUGUGCAAGGCAAAGAAGGGCGGCUUCAAGGACACCAAGAGCGAUGAGCUGCUUUACGAGAUGUUUAAGCAAGCCGUUGCGCGGUCGACCAUUGACCCGUCGCUCAUCGAUGAUAUUACUGUCGGAACCGCACUGACGGAAGGCGCGCCGUACCAGGCGCGCUAUGCUGCCCUCGCGGCCGGCAUUCCAGAGACAACCCCGGUCCAGACCAUGAACCGGUGGUGCGCCUCGGGGCUGAUGGCCGUCACCGAGAUCUCAAACAAAGUACGUGCUGGGCAGAUUGAGAUUGGUCUCGCGGUUGGCUUCGAGAGCAUGACCGACAGCCCCGACCGUGGUGGGCCUGAGCAGAGCGACGUCGUCAAGGCCUGUCAACUCGCGCGCGACGCCGCGAUGCCCAUGGGCUGGACGUCCGAGAACCUCGCGGAGGACUACGACGUCUCCCGGGACGAGAUGGACGCGUUCGCAGCGAUGUCGUACCAGCGCGCCGAGAAGGCCGACAAGGAGGGCGUGUUCGCGUCCGAGAUCGUUCCCUUCACCGCGUACGUGAACGACGGCUCGGGCCAGCGCACCACGAAGCUCGUCACGAAGGACGACGGGAUCCGGUAUGGCACGACGAAGGAGAACCUGCUCAAGAUCCGGCCUGCGUUCCCGCAGUGGGGCCGCGGGCAGACGACAGGCGGAAACGCGAGCCAAAUCACGGAUGGCGCGGCCGCGGUGCUGCUCAUGAAGAGGCGGAAGGCCGAGCAGCUUGGCCUGAAAAUCUUGGCAAAGCAUGUCACGACUUCAGUCUGCGGUGUUGCGCCUCGCGUCAUGGGCAUUGGCCCUACGGUCGCGAUACCCAGGGUGUUGGAGGCCACUGGCCUGAGCAAGGAGGAUGUUGACGUGUUCGAGAUCAACGAAGCCUUCGCGUCAAUGUACGUCUACUGUGUCAAGAAGCUCGACCUGGAUAUCAACAAGGUCAACGUGAAUGGCGGUGCCAUUGCUCUUGGCCACCCACUAGGCUGCACCGGUGCCCGACAGAUCGCGACGGGCCUCAACGCGCUCGCUCGGCGGAACGGCAAGAUCCUUAUAACAUCCAUGUGUGUUGGAACGGGGAUUGGUGCCGCUGCUGUGUUCGUCGCAGAGUGAUGUAUCGCGUUCAAUUAUGCUUGGGAUUUUCUGUCAUGUAGUUCUGGAUUGUAUUUUACCGACUAUG